AUGACGAUGCGUCAUCCCACGUCUCCGCAAUCCGUGACGAGAGCCCCAAAGGGCGAUGGCGUAGAGGAAGACGAGGAAGAUAACGAGGAAAGCAACGCAGAUGAACGCGACGAGAUGACCACUUCGGACGAGGUCCACUCACUACUAAGCAAUUCGAAGUACUGGUCCAGCGACUCUGAAGAGUAUGGCGACGAUUUCGAGAGGGGCGACGAUUUCGAGAGGAGCGACUGCUCCGAGGAAACCGACGCGGCCACAGACGAUAAGUAUAGAAACGAUAAGGAUAGAAGCGAGUCGGAGUUGGACACAGAUGACCCAGAACAGGGCGACAAGUACGACAGCCCAAUUGGUCUCGGCAUGAUCGACUAUGGUCUGGAGAGGUACGAUGUCAUCGAAUGGUUGGAUAAUAAAGGGAAUUUUGUGGGGGUGGACAUCGACCGUGUCAAGGAACUGUUCGGCCAGGUGGACCAAACAAGAGCCACUCUUACGGAGGCCUUCGCUCCGCUCGGUCAAAUGAAAGCGGAAAUGGUGCGCGAGGACAAUAAGCAUAAGCUGGUCUAUUCUAAAGAGGAGGAACGCAAAGUCAGCUUAGUUCGCGGCGAGGACGAUGAAGCUGUUGACGAGGAGGAACCUGAGGAGGAAUCUGCUAAUAGACUAACGUCGAGGAAUCUGCGGAUAAGAUUUCGGUCGGCAAAAACUGGGAGAGGAUUCGGCUAA